GCCAUUUUUUGGCGCAGGCGCUUCCCUCGGACCCUCCGCCCGCCUCCGCUCGUGCCCCGAGAGAUCCACCGACGUGCUGCGUCAACCCGCGGCCCACCUCCGGGGCCGCCGCCCGCCGCCCGCCCGAGGCCACGAAUGGCGCGCGGCCGCCGCUCCGCCACGGCGGCCCUGCUCGGCGCCGCGGCGCUGUGGGCAGGCCGGGCGUUCGUGCUCGCCCCCGGCGGCCCCGGGCACCCCGCCGCGGCUGCCGCGCGCCUCGUGGCACGCCGCUCGGGAGCGCCGGUUGACGGCGGAAACCUCGGCGGCGACUUCUGGGCACACCCGUGGGCGGAGGCGCUCGGGAAGAGCCCCAAGGGCGAUGACAUCGUUUUCGACGACGUGGUGGAGCAUUUCAACAGGCUCCGCGAGGAGGACGGCUUGGAUCCCCUGAUGGAGGGCAGCUCCCCGUUGGUCAUUCUGGAGGGCAUCGUGACAAACUCGGAACAGUCCGGCCAGAAGGGGCUAAACAAGGCCGAGAGGAUAGCGGACGGCAUCCAGGCGAGCUCCUUCCUCCUCAGCGAGCUCACCGAGUGAACCUCAUUGAGCCCAGGCGGCCGGUGGCGCCACCGCUAGAUGUCAUGCGGGCUGAGCGGGCCUGUGUCCCCAGACCUCCGACGUCGCACGCUGGAGGCAUCGGCCAGUUCUUGGCGGCGCCCGCGGACUGGCGGGCCGGUUUUUGGCUCUUCGAGAGGGCGGUACAGGCGCCGUGUCUGCGUGCUGGCGCCCGUGGGGCCUCGUCCCCGGGCCGCUUCCACGGCACGGGCGCGCUGCCAAGCGGGUCCUGUCCCACCCCGAGGCGCGCACGGGGGGGGGGGCGCGAGGGCGGCGGGCGCCUGAGAGCGCGGGGAGGGGCUGCUCGGAAGGCGGUGGCCUCUCAAGAGCCGUGCCGGCUGCCACGUGGCCUCCUCGGAGGCCUCCAGGCCCUUGUCGGAAGGCCCCAUGCCUUCCAAGCGGCCCCAUAUGCCAUAUGCCUUCUUUGACGAACGCCGCGCCGCCAACCUUCCCUGGGGACCGCGCCUUCAUCCCGAGUCCUCUUGGUGGUCCCUGGGCCCAGCAGGAGCUCCCAGGUGCAGAACGCUGCCAGAUCCGUCCGUCAAGAUUCGCUCACGACGCGAGGGAUCCUCGGCCAAGGGAGGGCGCGACGGGUGUGCAGUCCAUCUCUCUUUUGUUUUUUUUCUCUCUCUUUCUCUCUCUCUCUCUUUCUCUCUCUCUCUCUCUCUCUCUCCCUCUCUCUGAAAGGGCGAUCCGCGCGGGCUCGUUCGAGUUGUCGAGUCGGCCGCGUGAGUGACGCUUGCGCCCUCGUAGUUUCAAUAACGUGGCCCGCAGAGAUCAGCAUCAUCAUCCGC